GUAGGCUAGUUGUAGAAAUGGGGAAUAGUAAAGAAGAGUCAUAUUUUUUAUCGAAAGUGAGAGAAUUUGAGAAAUGGAUAGGGUUCCAGACCAAGAUAAAAUGGACGGUCACUUUUAUAGUGUUGGUGUACCAUAUUCUGGCUGUCUACUGGUGUUACCAUUACACAUGGCCUGUGAAAUGGCAGACGGUUCUGUUUGUGGUUUCGGUGUAACCGGUGGAGCGCAUAGAUACUGGGCCCACAGAACAUUCAAAGCUUCCACGCCAUUGCGCAUCAUCAUGAUACUAGGCUUCGCAACAGCUGGGCAGAACACUUUACGGCAAUGGGUCCGUAACCACAGGGUCCACCAUAAAUACAGUGACACGGACUCAGACCCUCACAAUCGUGAACGUGGACUGUUCUUCUCUCACAUCGGCUGGCUCCUCAUGCAUAAAAACAAAGCAGUCGUCAGCAAAUUCAAGGAGACCGACAUGUCUGAUAUUGACAAUGAUCCCAUUGUCAAUUGGCAUACCAAGUAUGUAGAUAUAGUGAAUCCCUUGGCAUGCAUGGUGAUACCUACAUUGACGGGGAUUUUGCUAUGGGGCGAGGAUUGGCGCGUGGCCGUGGCCUGGCAAUGCUUCAUCCGAAUGAUGGCCGUCUACCACAGCGAACUGACCGUCAACAGUCUUGGGCAUACACUAGGAUACAAGCCCUAUAACCAAUCAAUAAGGCCAGCGGAAAACGUUUUUAUAGCUGCAUUAACUGGUGGAGAGGGCUGGCAUAACUUCCACCACGCAUUCCCCUUCGAUUACAAGACCUCGGAAUGGCCCCACAGCAUAGACACGACCACAAAAUUAAUCCAUCUUUUUGAAAAAUUUGGGUGGGUACAUGAUAAGAAAGAAGUAUCCCCAGAAACUAUUAAGAAGUACUCUUUACAACAUUGUGAAGGGAAUGAACAAAUCAAGAUGGCCGAAAAAGAAUUCUAAGUUUAAAAUGGAAAAUUGUUUUUAAAUUAAUAGACAAUUUGACUUUAUUAUAGUAAUUUCCUAUGCUAAGUUCUUAAAUAUCA